AGGAUCAGCAAAAUUUUAUUGAUGGUGAUUGGCCGCGACAAUGUCGCGGGUGGGGGGAGGGGGAGACAUAAUUACAUAAAAAGUGUAUGAUGACAGUAGUAUAUUGGAUUGCAUAAAGAUAGCAAUUCUUCGGCUAAUAACUAUACCAAUGCCAACCUUACAGUUAAAAUAAGGUAAUCUAAUCGUACAUAUUAAACUUUAUUACACAUCCUGUGUACUUUUUUAUUGAAUAAUUUCAUCCAAAUAAGCCUUUAUCCUUUCUAGAACCUCAUGCUUAACUUCACCAGGAACCAAUUCAGUAGCCUUUGGUUUAACAAAACUAUAUAACAGAUCGAAGUUUAUUUGAGGAUUAUCUUUAAGUUCAGUAUUUGCUAUUUGUGACACUUUGUCAAACCAACCUGAUUCAUAUAACUGCAAUUUCAACUGUUUAUUUAUAGUAUCAUAAUGACCAGAUGUUAUUAAGUGAUCUUGUAUUUUCGACUUUAUGGUGUCUAGUUCUGAUUGGUUCAUGGUAUAUUGUCUAUAAAUUUGUACGUAUAAUGCGGAGGAAAUCUUAACCUACUGAAUCACAAGUUGCUCAGUCAUCAGUUUUUUUUUGUUUGUUUGCUUCCCACUCUCAAAGGUUGAACACAAAGAUAUCCUUGUAAUAUAUAUGUAUAGAUUCCAAACAAUACUCAGAGCUAUGUCUACUAAACCAUCACCACAUCUCGCCAAAAUUACUUCAGUAACUCCAUUAUCUAAUGGUAAGUGGAUUCAAACCAGAAAAAUUGACUAUGUUGAUCCUCUGGGAACUCCCCGUGUUUGGGAAAUGGCAGUCCGCACGACCAGAUCAACAACCACUGCAAUUGAUGCUGUAUCAAUUGUAUCUGUUUUACAUAACCAUUCUGGACCUAAAGAAAUUGUAUUGGUUAAACAAUUUCGCCCACCUACUGAGCAAGUAGUGAUUGAACUUCCUGCGGGGUUAAUUGACGAAAAUGAAACUAUAGAGACAACUGCGGUUAGAGAACUAAUUGAAGAAACUGGCUAUCAUGGGAAGUUUAUAAGAUCCAGUCCAAUCAUGCAUAGCGAUCCUGGAUUGACCAAUGCUAAUAUGGUAUUGGCUUAUGUAGAUGUUGACUUAAAUGACGAAAGAAACAAAUCACCUAAGCCACAGUUGGAACAAGGCGAGUUUAUUGAAACUUUCACCUUACCUUUAGAAGGGUUAAUCCACAAGUUAGACCAAAUGAUCAAGAAUGACAAGGUUACCGUCGAUGCGAGAUUGUACCAUUUAGCCCAAGGAUUGCAAUUAGCAACUGAAUUGUAAUUGUUAGAUUUUCUUUUGUAGCAAAAUACAUAAGACAAAAUUAUACAAAAAAAAAAAGAAAAUAAUAUACUGAUUUU